AUGUCCCUCGGGGGGACCACAGGCGACAACACGCGCCUGCUUCGGAAGGCUCCAGAGGAGGAGGAGGAUGAUGAUGAGGAGGAGGAGGAGGCGAUGCAGGCGGAGGGCGUGCGGGAGGUGGCCGUGGCAUCUGGCCUGGAGGUGCUGUACCAGGAGACCCCCAACUACCGCGGAGCGGCGGCCGAGGCUGACCGCAUGAUCGAGCCAAGGGAGACGGCUAGGCAUGCCUGGCGAGUGCCAGACCUGGGCGUAGAGCCUGUUGCUAGUGCUGCAGAGGAGGCGGUUACUGAGGGGGAGCUCAAGCUGCUUGCAAUUCUGAAAAUCGAGGCACUUGAGCCUGCUGAGCUGAGCAAAGCCAGUAGGAAGCAGGCGGAUGCGGGUGUUGCUGACGUUCAGAUGAUGCAGGCAGGAGAGCUGCGUGAGGGACGCAGGGAGAUGCGUGAGGGAUGA